CAUGCAUCGGUAGUAGUAGUAGUAGUAGUAGUAGCAGUAUCUACAAACAACUAAAACAACAGCAGGGGUAAUAACGGCAUCAUCAUCAUCAACAGCAGCAGCAGCAGCAAUAGCUGCAGCAAGAAGAGCAUCAGUGAUAAGUGCAUCAACGGCAGCACCGGGAUAUGCAGCAAGUGGAGCAGCAGGGAUAAGUGCAUUAACAUCAGCAGCAACAGCAGCAACGACAGCUGCAAUAGUUGCAACAAUUAGAGCAGAGCAGCAGCAGCAGCAGCAGCUGUGAGAUUAAUUACAAAAUGCUGCACAUCAACAAUUAGUAAAUUUCUGUUGAUUAUUGUUGUGAUUGUUUUCUGUUAUCCAGAACCAUUUUCGUUGAUGUAUUUGGAUUAAGAAAAAAAGAAGCAAUUGUCAGCUGACGAGCCUGGGGAUCGAACGUGUUUACAAUUGCAGCCGUCGGUUGAGUUAGAUACGAUUUGGAUGGGACCACUUCUGAAGAAGGCAAGAGAUGUACCGUACAGGUAACCUGUCUGGGGAGACGGGUGAAUAGUCAGUUAUCUGCCAUUACAGAGAGAAAGGAAAAAAGAACCAAUGUGAACGAGUGAGGGGGCAACGGAGAGUUGCCGUGCAGAUAGCACGAUGGAUUGGACGGACGUAUAGUCUGAUAUUCUCCAAUAGGGAUACAAGAGACAUUUGUAAGAAAACAUAGAAAAACAAUAAGGAAUCAUGUUAUCGUGCAGAUAGCCUACUACAGUAGCCGGGCAUCUUCGUGCAGAUAGCUCACUUUGGAAACGAACGUAUAACCAGUCUCCACUAGAGAGAGAGAGAGAGACAGAAAGACAAAAGUGUGCGUGUAAGAGGAGAGCAACUGUCGUGCAGAUAACUCGCUAAUGUUAACGGGCGUAUAGCUAGUCAGCCUCCACAAAAGAGACAUCUUGAUUGUUCUCUAUAUAUUUGUUGUUAUUAUUGUUUUUCUAAUCUUUUAUUGUUAUCAGUUAUUAUCUGUUAUUGUUAUCAUUGUUAUCUGUUAUUUUGACAGCUUUCUAUUCGAUAUUUUAAAGACUGGUUUCUUCCGCGAAAAAAAAAAAAUUUAUACAUUAAUUUUAAACAUUAAUUUUUGCGUAUAUAUAUAUAUAUAUAUAUAUAUAUAUAUAAAUAUACAUACAUUUACAUAUCAUUGAAUUCUUCAAUAUAUGUGUGUUUAAUGGAGCUGUGAUGCAAAAAGAAGACAAAAAUAUCUGAAAUUCAAAUGAACUAACAAUCGAAAUAAUUUCACAAAAUGUGACUGUUUCAAUUUUAGAAAGAACCAAUUUUUGGAGAAAUAUUUGAUAAUUUCACGAAAAUUUAUUGAAUGAAAAAAAUUUCAAAAAUAAAAGACUCGUAUCUAUUAGAAAAUCAAAUUAUAUAAUGAACUUUAUUGAAUUUUUAACCGAGGAGAAUAUGGAACUGUGUAUGUUUACACGGGGAAAAAGUGGAAUAGGAGCCAUUUAACCAAAAGGUAAAAAAAAAAAAAAGGAAUUAUGGAAAACAGAGAGAAAAAAUGAAAUAAUGCGAUAAAAAGAAAUAAUAAUCCAAAAGGAAGUAUGUGGAAAAUGCCAUAUUGAAAAUGUGCAAUUUCAUAUGUGCAUUCUUUUGAUGUUGUGACGAAUUCUGCAUUACUGCAGUUGGCUGCAAUGAGCAAGAAAGAAUGUAGAGCGAAUGUGUUUCAUAUUCAUCAAUGAAAACGAGUUAUCGUCUGCUGAAAUGUUGAGUGUGAGCAUGAGUGUGAGUGGCGUUUGUAGGAGGUUGUGUGCAGCAACAGCAGCAGCAAUAACAGCAAGCAACCUGCUACCAUGGCUACAACAGCAGCAGCAACAGUAGUUUUCUGCCUUAUUGACCAUUAUAAUCACCACCACAACUACAAUUAUCAUUAUCACCAAUAUUAUCUUCAUCAUUAUCAUCAACAUCGCCGUCGUCCAUCUUAGCUAUCACAGUUGACACACAAACACACACACACCUCCAUUUCAUCUCAUCAUCGUUACAAGACAAUCCGCUGCCGCCACCACCGCCGCUGCGCCGCCUCCCGCCUCAGCUGAGUGCCUCUACUCACGAUAACAAAUAAUAAUAACAUUAUUAAUAAUAACAACAAUAAUACGAUAUAUUUGAUUAAAAGAAAGCUUAAUAAUAAUCAAAAACAAAAAUCAAACAAAUAAUACGAAUAAAAUUAACAACUAAUAAAAACAAAGACAAAAAACUACUCUGUGUGUGCGUGUAUAUGUAUAUAUUUUGAGGGCAUUGCACGUGCACAUAAACUGAGUAUUUGUGUGUGUGUGUGUCACAAAACUUAGGUAUGUGAUGUGACAGUGUGUAUGCAUGUGUAUGUCUGUGUGUGUUUAAGGCUAUAACCACGUAGAUUUCUCUUUAAGUAUACACGUGUUGUGUGUGUAAGUAAAAUGCAUGUGUGGUCCUUCAAAUGCGUGUGUAGGCCCGCUAAUGUAGUAAAGUACAGAAGUUCCCGCUGGCCAAUCUCUCCGUUAUAACGGUGGUGAUGAUGAUGAUGAUGACGAGGUUGUCAAUGGCGUGAUUGAGAGAGAAAAAGAAAAAUAUAUAUUGCAUCAAAAGAAAGCAACUGAGCUCGCUAGCAGACGAGCAGCAUCUCAGAUAAGGAAAGAGACAUCAGGACACUCCCCCGCCUCCCGCUCCGAUUUUCUUUCCCCUUUGGCACCGUCUCUUCUUCUGAGCACAUCAGACGGAAGAUUGACAUCAAUCACAUCGGACCUAACUACACACACACACACACACACACGCACACACGCACACACACGCACACGCGCACGCACAUGCACACAUAUAUUAUAGAUACAUACACACGACACACAUAUAAAUGUAUAGAUACAAACACAUAUAGGCUUAUACAAAUAUAUAUAUAUAUAUAUAUAUAUAUAUAUAAAUAGAAAUACACACAUGUAAAACAGGCGUUGUGUCGGCGUAAGGCGAUAUUGACCGCCGCACGUAAGUUACGCCUGCACACCUGCACUCACACUCUCACUCAGAGCUCUCACUCUAUAUAUGAGAGUGUGGUGUGUCUCGGGCAGUAUCCGCAAGCAGGUGACACAAAACGUUCAAGAUGACGGAGACAGCAACAAUACUUGCUCCUGGCAAGGAAAAAAAUUUAUUACCAACAGCAGCUUCGGAUUUAUCUGCACUUUUCUCCCAUCGUUCAUUUAUCUUAAUGUCUUCUUCACUGUAAUCAUGUUCCCAUCUUUAUCAAUGAUGUCGAUGGUUUGAAAUUGUCCCACCUCGCUCCAUCUUUUUUACACACAUACAUCUAUCGAUAUCUAUCUGUGUGUGUGUGUGUGUGUGUGUGUGAGUGUGUGAGUGUGAUUUGUGUGUGUAUGAGUGUGUGUGUGUGUGUAUGUAUAUAUGUAUGUACCUUUAUUAGUAUGUGUGUAUGUGUUUGAAACACUGUCUCACUCUUUCUCUUUCUAAUGGUGUGUUAAAUGGUUUAGUAUACAUGUACUUUAAGUUCAUCGUCUCAUAGACUGUCAAUCCUUUUGUGUGUAAGAGAUAAAGAAUUACGUGUAUAUAUCAAUAUAUAUAUUACAUAUAUAUUUCAUAGAUUCGUGUGUAUAUGAGCUCCAUGUGAGAUUCGAAAUAGACAUCUAGAUAGACACAGACGUACACUCAUGCAUAUUUAAAUGUGUGUGUACAUAUAAAAAUUUGUAAACCACCGGACUUUAUAUCUAUAUAUAUAUAUCUAAAUAUAUAUAUAUAUAUAUAAUUAUAUACACGUACACAUAGUGACUACACAAAUAUUGUCUGUGAAUACCAUAUUUUUAAUCUUUUAUUUAAAUCAGUUGAGUGUAAAACAAUAGCAUACCAGACGACAUUUGAUGGCAAAACAGAAGAUAAAAAGAAAGCGAAAGAGGAAAAAAAAAAGAAAAAGGAACAGGGCCAAGGGCUUCGUUAUCGAUGAGGAAUUUCAACGAAUUAUUCCUUUAAAGACCUAGGAGAAAUAUUUCAGUGAUUUCGGAGGAGAAAAAUAAUCAAGUAAGCAAUUUAAUUUGGAAACGAUUUAAAGGGAACAGAUUAAAGUAAAGCGUGAGUGCGUGCGUGAGUGAGUGAGUGUGUGUGUGUAUAUAUAUAUAUAUAUAUAUACAUAUAUAUAUAUAUAUAUAUAUAUAUAAGUAGAUCGGGUGGUAUAGAAUAAAUAUAUAUAUAUAUAUAUAUAUAUAUAGUUAUAUGUAUUUAUGUAUGCAUGGUGUAAAAUAGACAGAAGCAUAGUGAAUGUGAAAGUAGAGAAACCAAGUUAACGAUAGAGAUAACUAUAUAUAUAUAUAUACAUAUACACAUACAAAUAUAUAAGGGUUGUGAGUGAACUUAGAAAGAGAAAGAGCGAGAGCAAGCCACACACACGCACAUACACCAUCACACAUAAAACUACAUAUAUAAACACACCGACACACACAGAGACGUAUAUAUUUACACAAAUAUACAUGCACACAUAAAGGCACACAUCUUUAUAUGUAUAUGUAUAUACAUAUACACAUAUAUGGUUACACGAGCAAAUACUCACACCUCAGAGAGAGAAAGAAAGAGUAAGAUUGUGAGAUAUAGACAAAAAAUACAAAGCGCCCCACGAGCAGGGGUAAACAUUAGGUGUCUAAUAUGGGAAACGAAACCAGCCAGCCUGCGUCGAAUGCGACUACCCCAGCAUCGGAAGGUCACUCGGUGUACUCUUUCGGAUCGGUCCGUCGAUCGUCGGCGGCGUCGAGCCAACACUCAUCCCCUGUCGAACCCCCUCAACCGGAUCUUAGUCACCUGACAGAGGACGAGAUCGCUCAGAUUCGAUCCGUCAUCGACAGAGCCAAACAAAUACAAAUGGACGAGACCACACGAGUCAGAGAAAUCGAAGAGGACUAUACAAGCUAUGCGGCUGACAUUGUUAGAAAAUCUUCUUGGUCUGAGCUGGAGAACGAAGGCAAACCGAUGUGUCCGAUUUGCAAUGUGAAGGAGCUGAAGUUAAACUCUGACGGCACCAGAACUAACCAAAAUGUCUGUAAGGACUGCCAAGAAUUGACUUGUGAUGAAUGUGGUGAAUAUUCCGAGUCAUUGUCAACCAAGAGUCCCCCUAAACAAGGGGAAACCGAAGAGAAAUCAACUCCAAAACCUGAUGUGCAGCAACCAGCGUCACAACAACCAACUCCACCUCCACCAACGGCAACAACAUCCUCAUCAAAUGAGGCAACAGGUGGCGCUGAAGCCGGUGUGAUUGUCUCUCAGCCACCUUUACCACCGCCACGCCGCAAACUGAGAAAGGCCCAUUCCACAAACCAGACCACUUUGCCCAGCAAGGAGUCGGAUGUGAGCGGGAGAGCCACAGCAGAUGUCCACAGCAGUGGCAGUAGUAGUAGUAGUAGUAAGGUUCCACCAACCCCUAAACCGAAACCUCUCCCCAAAUCAGUGAAGCACGCUCACUCAGUCCCUGCACCAACAGACAAAGGAAGGCAGGUGCACAGUGCUGCAACCUCUACAGCAGCAGCAGCAGUAGGAGAUGCACCAUCAGCAGCAGCAGUAGCAACGAGCAUCAGCAGCAGCAAUAACAGAGAGACAGGCAGAAAAGCAUCGACUGUCUCGUCGUCAUCGUCGAAGGGGCUGUCGUCCGACAAGAAGACGGCGGUCAAGAGUAGUGAACCUGCUGCUGUGGAACCGGGUGUGGUGUUUCCGUGCCAGUCAGCAGCCGGACCUUCACGACUGAGAGGUGUACUGCUAUCUAUGGUUGGACCUUGUGGUGCGACAUCUACGAGGUCCAGAAGUGACUCAGAAUGUUCCGAUCCUGUGUCCGAAGUCGACUGGGAAGAAAUGACAAUGAGUAAAUACCACUCUGAAGUGACCAGUCCAGACGGAAGUAGUGCUGAAGAUGAAGAGGAUGAGGACUACGAUAGGGAAGGAAUCAUUAGCGGUAAACCUCUCCGUAGAAAACACCGACCGAGAUUUCUCAAUAUUAGCCGUUCUCUUAGUGUGACAUCUUCUGAUGAUGAGGUGGAUGAGAAGAGCUACAAAUUAGCUCAGUUAGAACAUGUGAAGCAUGUGUCUGCCAGUGAAAAGUCUUCUGAAAAGAGCAACAGCAAUAACAAAAGUGAUUCAGACGGCAGUCUGAAAGAGGGGAGGGGAUCGGAUGGUAUAGCAUACCAUGCCGAGUCUGUGAAAGGUCAACUGGUGCAAGAACAACAACAUCAGCAGUCUAUGGACUUUUUGAGUGAUGGAAAAGCUGUCCGCAGUCCCAGUCCACCCAGAAGUCCGAGCUGGCGAGAAGGUCUUGACAGUCCCCCCUUUUCCCCACGUAGAAGGGAUUCAUAUCCGGCUAAGAAACGCGGACAUAUUUCCCCUUUAUCACCAAAAGAUAAAAAAUUCCAGUUUUCAUAUGUCGACACAUCUCCAACAAAGCGCCAUCUAUCUACUGAAGACUUAUACGACAGCAACCAUCAAAGUGAGAUUUCACCUUCAAGAUCUCCACUUACUCCUGAAGAACUGAAGAAAGCAUUUGGUGCUGUAUGUGGCCAGAGCACACAGAAAGAAAGCUCUAGCUCUGAUAGUUCCAGAAAGUCAACACCAUCUUCAGUAUUGUCCAUACCACAUCAUCGUGAUAACAAUACAAAAGACCAAAAGCCAUUUGCCUUAGGUAUGGACACCGAAGUCAUUGAUUUAGCAACUUAUGCGGCGACCAUUGCCAGCAACACAGCUAGCUUAACGUCCCUUAGUGCAUCCCCUACUAACCUCCCAACAUCUACAAUAGAAGGACCUGACAGCAUAUCCCCUGAAUCGAUUACGAGCACUGACAGUACGUCCCCUAUAUCUCCCAAUUACUACGAUGGUUCCCAGUCAGAAGAGGGAGACGUAGAACUAGCAGACCCUUCAACCAAAUCCAUUGAUUACCAAGGUACUAAGAGGCAAAAACAAAGGCCACCGUCAUCUGAUUGGUCUCCAGUUAUUGAUCUGUCACCAAUCAUUGAUGUCUCACCUUCGGUCGAGGAGGCAGAGCAGCAAGAAAUGUUGGCGCAGCAGCGGGAAGUUCUUCGUAAAAGAGAAUCGGAUGCUGCUUCUGAGUCAGAAGAGGAGGAUGGAGAAAAUUCCAGUCCAGAAAAGAAAAACUUAGACAACUAUGAAAUUCCUUGCUUAAAACGGUACAUGAACUUCGAAGAUAUCAGUAAAAUAUGCGAAGGAAAGAUUCCAGAUGAGAAGAAGAUUGAACGAAUUAGCGACAUGUUGAGUGAUUUCCAAAAAAUCAAUCGAAAUAUUGAUAUAUUAACUUAUCCAAUUCUGAGAUCGAAUGGUGAUAAGGAAAAUAUUAUAACAACCACAAGUUCUGCCUCAAACCCGAGAUCGGGGACGAGUGACGUUGUCACAACCCUUCCCAUUGCAAGACCACCCUCAGCCACGUACACAAUGGCACCUAUCUCAACGUCAGUGACAACAUCCCCUGUUACUAUGACAACUGUUUCUGUAUCAGAGGAAGAAAACGAUCGGAUUAUUCAUCCAUUACCCUCGAGAGGGAUGCGGCCAACCAUAUCUACGUCAUCUUUGUCAGAGCUUAUGGAUUCUGGUGGCGAGGAAUCUGAAUUAAUGACUGCAUGGAACUUGGCUCAGUCUAAUGUCACGUCAAAGACAUUACCAUCUUUACAGGCAUCCACAUCAGUUGUUACUGCAACGUCCUUAGCCAUGUCUGCUACUGUUGUCACAAGUGCUGCCUCCAGCUGCAGUGUGUCGAGAGCAGAACAAGGUGAUCGGUCAGCAACCACGAAACCAAUGAAGCCAGCUAUUGCCCCAAAACCAACAGUAGCAGCCAAAAACAUGCCUGCAGGUAAAGCAGCAGAGGUGAAACCUCCUGGUAAACCGGCACCAACUGAUAACAAGCCGGAACCACCGCCUCGUGUUCGGCGGAAGUUACCCGAGCCAACACCCGAAAUCUUGGCCACUCAAAAACCACCGAAACCUCCUAAACCAGCACGUACACCGUCGACUUGCGUGUCGACGACAGCCACCACACGAACUGCUCCUGUAAACGUCGUUCCAGGGCAGCCCACGAGGCCAUUGCCUCCCCCUCCAGCCGGUAGCAAGUCUGUCAAGCUGUUAACCGAAGCAUUUGAAGUGAAAACGGCUGCUCAAGCACCUCCGGAGAUCAAACCCAAGCCAGCACCUACUGUUGUGGCUGCUGCCACUGCUGUUGCAGUACCUGUCACUACUACCACCACCACUACUGCAGCAGCAGCUGCUUCUACUACUACCACAACUACUACCACUACUACUACUACUACUACUACUACUACUACUACUAUUAGGACUACAACUACUGCUGCUACUGAACCCAAACCACCAAGUCCUGCUGUUGAACCUAAACCAGCAAAAGCACACCCUAUGAAAGCAGAGCCUGAAAAGAAGAAGGCGAAAGAUAUAAAACCGAAACUGAGGUCCCAACAGAAGCAUGGGGAGCAGUCUUAUUCCCCCUCCCAGUUAAAAGUAUUGGACUCUCCUGUAACACCCCCAGAGCCUUCUGUGUCUGUUCUGAAACGCGAAUACUCUGACAGUACAUCUGUCUCUCCCUCUUCCUCUCCUGAUCAUGAGCUUGACGCUUACCCUUCUCCGGGGACCCCACCAGAUUCUGAUACAUCUCCGCCAAAAGCUUUGUCCCCAUCAUCUCCUAAAGGGAGUACUGCAACAACAAGAACUGUCAAACUGAUAAGUUCCCAGCCAGCUACUGAUCCGAAGAAACUCCGACCUGUCUCUGCUCCCAGAACAACUGUGCCUGACUCACAGAAGGCCAAAGAUGGCAACAAGAAAAUCCGAAGGAAACUUCCUGCCAUCCCAGCAGAUGAAGAACCAGUAACUGCACCGAGGGCCCUUGGCACUAAGAAGGGUCCUCUAUUCAACACACCACCAGCUCCAAGUCGUAAGGCUCCAACACUGAAGACUGGGAAACCCACCACCACCAACAUUGACCCUGCACUCAGAGCAGAUGAGAGUAUUCGUGAGAGUAUUUAUGCAACUCCGGUGACCCAAUUAACAAGUAUGGAUACAUCAAUGUCAGCACAACCAAAUGGACGCAGUAGCAACCCAAACAUUGGUCACAAACAGAAAUUGGGGCCAAUUACUUCAAAAGGUGGCAGUACUCGGAAUGGGAAGCCAACAGAAAGUGGUGCAACCAGUAAAAUUGCCGCUUCAUCUCAUGCAAAACAAGGUUACUUACCUGACCACCCACCAAGGAGUGAUGCUGAGGAGAUAAACAUUUUGUUCAGUGAGAGGAAAAUAAUGAAUCCCGAAGACAAUAUCAGACAGUAUAGAUCUGCAAGCUUUUCUGAAUAUCAGAGGUUGACUUCAAAACGGUCGGAACUGCAUGGAGCCAGCUCAACUCUGUUGCACGAGGAAUUCUCACAAGACGAGAAUGACCAAAUCAUCGAUUCAUUGGUCAGCAUUUACGGAAUUCCGAUCAGUACUGCAAUGAAGUCAUUAAAAAGAAGACUUCAAGAUGAGUUGCGAAAAGUUACGGAGAGUCGGAGGCGUAAGAUAGAAGAACUUGAGGAAAUCCACGCACUCGAACAACAAAUCGAAGAAUUAAAACUGGAAUCAAAAUCUGAUUCUAAAGCUGCUUCAUUUCUUCCAAAUGGUCACAAGUCUCGAUCCCUUCCAAGAAAUGGCCGUGGCUUGGUGACGUCAUCUUCAUUCGAUAAAUCUACUGCAGUGCGUUCUUCUCCACAAAUCAUCCCCAGACGUUCACGUCAUCGGCGACAGGCAUCAGAUCCAAUGAUAGCCAAGUUUUCUCCUAUCAAGGAAGACAAAGACAUUGAAGCCGAUUUCCAAGCUAAAGCUAGUGAAACUUAUGACGGUAAGUUCUCAAAGUAUUCCACCGACGACAGUUCCCAGUCAGGACUCAGUGAUACAGAAAGCACUCGAUCCGAGCCGACUGGAGAAGCUUUGAACUCUGCCUACAAGAAGAUCAAGCCUUCAGCUUACGCCAAAAUGUUUUACACUGGUCGAGCCCAGUCCACUGAACGAAUUCACUCUUCAGACAGUGCACAGUACCUGUCAUCCUCCGCUCCUUUGUCAAGCAGCCAAUCAGAGUCGUUCCUUUCUGAAGGCUAUGCUGGACAUUCGAGGACACCCACCUACUUCUCAGAUGAUGAAGAGAAGCGAACUAAGGAGGAGAAAAGACAGAUAUUACAGUAUGAAAUUGAGAAGAGAAAGAAACAGCUUGAAGAGACUGCACGCUUGCAGCACGAACUUAUUCGACUUUCUCGUGCUCGACAAGCUGUGGCACACAGCUAUGAUGAUAUCCCUAGACGUUAUGCCUAUUCCACUAGUCCCAGACAUGUACCGACUGGCAUCAUUAAGCCUUUGGAUGACGAACUACCCUAUCAAUUAGAACGUUAUGUACAGAGCAGUCACGACAUACAUAAAUCCGAUAGUAUGGACGCUAAACGAGCCCAGGAACUCGCUCAAGCUCAAGCUAACUACAGCUCUACCGAAUAUCUAGCUCACAAACAAGAGCUGGCUCGGCGCCAGUUGUAUGACGAUUACUCCACUUAUGGUUCGUACCCACCUUACGAUGCAGGCUUAGGACAAUCUCAGGUUUACCCUUCAUCUCCAAACCUGAUGAACCGCAGUGACUCUGGUCCUGUUAUCAUUCAAUCAAUGCCCCCCACUUUACCGUCAUCUGGAAUCUCUGGUAGUGUCACUCUACCAGAAAUCAACAGGUCAGACAUGGAUAUAAUGCCUUCCAGAGACCUACAUCAACAUCAGUUCUCCUCAGAUACAGAUAACAGCCCAGCAAGUGACUACACACCUGCUAUGCCGCUGUUGGAUGAUAUCACCACCAGAUCACGUAAGAUCCUACAUGAUAUUGGUAACCGACCCCUGUCUGCUGAGUUUAACUUGCCUGGAGGUGUUGAUGAUUUAAUGAAUGCCAUGUACCGAGUGGAAAGUGACAAUAGUGUCGAUGCUGAUGAACCAAUCAUGAAACAUAUGACAGAAGGAGGUGUCACCAUUUUGAAACAGCUGGAACGGAAGAAACAGCCAGCACCAACACAACCUAAACGGUACCCAUUCAUCACAAAAAGAAUCUUACUUACAAGAGAUCCAAAGGACAAGUCAAUCAAAGGUGGCCACAGAGAUCCAAAAGAUCUAUCAAUGAAAGGAAAUGGAAUUGGGAUGAAAAUUGUUGGAGGUAAACAGCAAGGACCUGACGAAGAGAUGGUGGCAUAUGUAGCAGCCAUUUAUCCUGGAGGUAUUGCAGAACAGCUACAUGGGGAGCUGGAAGAAGGAGAUCAAAUUUUAGAAUGGAAUGGUAUUGAAUUAACUGGUAAAACUUACGAAGAAGUUCAACAGACAAUCUCACAUCCAAAUGGUGAGAUCGAGCUGGUUGUCCGGCCAGGCACCAAAUUAUGUCCAAAAGACGGAGAAGGUGGAAACCUUCAAGAUGGAAGUUGUCAUUCGUCUUACGAUAACCUGGAAUAUAUCAGCGACGAUGAUGAUGAUGAAUAUGAUCGUUGCAUGGAAGCCAACCAACACGGCGUAGAUCCUGAACAGCUAGCAGCACAGUUAGAAGGAAUCCGGGAUCCAGUUCAUACAUCCCCAGGGGAUUCACCUUCCAGUUCUUCACACCAGGACUACUUUCUCACCCCAAGCAUGUCUACCUCUGCUUGUAGCACACCGCACUCUGAUCUAACCAUUUCCACUUCGUCAGAUCGACAAAGACACGUCAUAGACAAGACCUUGAUUCAACAAGACAGUAACAUGGGAGAACUCAUGUUACAGCUCAGUUUUGAUGAAUACGAGAAUAGCCUGAAUGUUUUAGUUAUUCAAGCCAGAAAUCUGCUACGCGGGGACUUUUCGGGUCUUUCUGACCCCUUUGUUAAGGUCUACCUUUUACCGGGUCGAAGUCCUGAUCACAAGCGCCGUACCAGAUACGUCAGUUGCACCCUGAAUCCUGAAUGGCAUCAAAAUCUAGUCUUCCAGAAUCUCAGUCGAGAUGAUCUCAAAACCAAAAUUUUGGAAAUCACAGUGUGGGAUUACGACCGGUUCAAACCCAAUGAUUUCCUGGGUCAAGUUGUCAUAGACCUAAAAGAUGAUUGUUUCAUCGACAGCCAGUCUCACUGGUACCGUCUGUUUCAACAAAACGAAGCCCUAGCCAGUACAGAUCUACCAAAACCUACAGUUGGACCUCAUUAUUUUCGACCCAUGACCAUCACCGACAGUCAAAUGUCCCACCACCGGAUUGGUGAAUACCCAACAGCUCCACGCCGAUAUCAUACUCAAGCUCGUUCCCAACACACCACUCAGUGUGUAUAUAUACGAUGUAACAGUAUAGUUGGCGUAUAUUUUGAUAUUUCCUCAACACUGUAUCACCAGAACCUUAUCCACUCAGACUUCCAUUCUCAUCCCUACGACUAUGAACAGGGUCCCCUAACAUGUCAUACAGAGAGACUGAACUUGUAA